AUGUUUGCUUCCGUCUCUCAACCCUCUUUAUCUUCAUCUUCUUACACUCUUUUGCAGCCUCUCGAUGAGGUCGAACUGGCCAUAUUCGAAUCGAAGAUGGCAAGUUACAGCGACCACGAUGUGGUCUCAACACCGGAUCUGGACGAUCUUCUGGAAAAGCAUGGCCUAGAAGUCGGUGCCGACCAGCACUUGUGCUGGUCUGCAGACAGUCGUUAUCAUCCCCGCAAUUGGCACUCGAACAGGAAACUGUACGAUGCGGGAUUAAUCAUAAUGCUAGAGAUGCUCAUUUCCUCGUGCGUGGAUUCUCGGCUGACCAUCGACGAAAAUGGCAGGACCCUCAUGAGCACCGUAGGUUCCGCCGUGUCCGACGAAGCACGCUUAGAAUAUGGCUAUGAAAAGACUCUUGGCUAUUUCGCCUUCACUUCCGCCUUCCUACUCGGCGAGGGCAUAGGCGGGAUUUUCCUGCCACCAAUCUCUGAGUCCUUCGGCCGCAAACUCGUUUACGUCGCCGCCCCGUUGCUCUGCUCAGUCUUUUGCGUCCUCGUGGCGGCUGUGCCGCCGCAGAUGAACGGGUCGGUGGCAUGCCUCAUCUUCGCCCGUUUCGCGGCGGGCAUGGUGAGCUCGGUGCCGGCGACGGUGGCGCCGGGGAGUUUGGAGGAUAUGUUUGACGAAAAGCAACGCAUAUGGACGGUUGCGGCCUGGACCACGGCGUCGAAUGUGGGCGUGUUGUUUGGGCCUAUUUACGGAAGCUACAUUACCAGAUAUCUGGGCUGGCGCUGGGUGUUCUGGAUUUCAGCAGUCAUCAUGGCCGUCUGCUUCGUCCUUACCUUAUUCCUCCGCGAGUCCCGCUCCACGCGGCUCCUCCAACAAAAGCUUGACGAAAUCCUCGCCCUCACCAAAACCAGCUCCGCGGGGGCCGCUCCUCUCCGCAUCCACAACCCAGACGCCGUCCCAUCCCUCAACGCCUUCCUAACCGACACGCUCUUCCGGCCGCUGCACCUGCUCUUCACCGAGCCCAUCGUCAUCCUCUGCUCGGCGCUCAACGCCAUCUCCUUCGCCAUGAUCUACGGGCUGACCGAAGGGCUCACCAUCGUCUACUCGUCGCCGAGCUACGGGCUGGCGGACGCGCACACGACGUCCUCGCUCGCGUUCCUGCCGCUCAUCCUGGGCCUCUUCUUCUCGCUGCCGUUCCGCGCCGUCGACGCGCGGCGCUUCCGCGAGCUCAACGCCGACGGCGUGCCGCCCGAGCGCAAGCUGACGUCGUUCGCGGUCGCGGUGCCGGCGCUGGCGCUCGGGUUCUGGGUGUUUGCGUGGACGAUCCCGCCGCUGGUGCCGCAGGCGCCCAUGUGGGUGUCGAUGGCGGCGCUUGUGCCCGUGGGCUUCGCCAUCAACGACCUUGACUCCGUGCUAUGCGGCUACAUGGCCGACGUGUACAGCAUGUACGCGGCCUCGGCCUUCUCGGCGCUGUCGCUGCUGCGCGCGCUCUGCGCCGCGGCGUUUCCGCUCUUCGCGGAGCCCAUGUUCGAGCGCAUGGGCGCCAACGCCGCGGCCAGCGUGCUCGCCGCCAUCGCCACCGUCUUCUGCGUCAGCCCGUGGGUGCUGCUCAGGUACGGGCCCGCGCUGAGGCAGCGCAGCGCGUUCGCCGAGUACUCGGCUGCGAUGAGCGAGAAGACGAUGGCGGGCGGGGCCGGGGCUGGUGCCAGUGCGGGGAGCAGUACGGAGACGCUCGGUGUCGCGGGCGGAGUGGAUCAGAUGGCGAUGGUGAGGGUUUGA